GAGGUUCUUGGUCCAGCUCAGCCUGUAGUUGCUGUAGCUGGUGAAGAUGUUGUUCUGCCCUGUUACCUCAAACCCAACAUCAGUGCUGUUGACCUGCAUAUCGAGUGGCUCAGAGUUCAGACCGAAGACCCACUUGUACAUCUUUACCGGGAUCAUCAGGACAGAAAUGAGAAUCAGAUCCCAUCCUACAGGGGAAGGACAUCACUGUUCCCUGAACAACUAAGGAGUGGAAAUGUUUCACUGAAACUGAGAAAUGCGCAGGUCUCUGACAAUGGAGAGUAUAAAUGUUUUGUGGAGUCUCAGAAGUGGUAUGGAGAUUGUUUCAUUCAUGUUCAUAUUAAAGCUGUAGGAACCCAUCCAGUGAUCUCCAAUGAGGGAUAUAAAGAAGGAGGGAUCAGUCUGGUGUGUGAAUCUAAAGGCUGGUACCCUCAGCCUGAAGUGCUCUGGAUGGACAGUGAAGGACACAGUCUCCCUGCUGGACAAACAGAGACACACACAGACAGUAUGGGUCUCUUCAUUGUGAGACGACAUGUUAUUGUACAGAAGGCAGAGAGCAACAGGUUCACCUGUCAAGUUCUACAAGAGCAAUUCAAUGAAAUGAAAGAGACAGUAACUGACAUCCCUGUUGAGAUGUUCCAUUGUGCCCAUCCUUGGAAGGUAACAUUUGCUGUGAUCUUCAGUCUGGCUGCCGUUGCUGUUAUUGGAUGCAUAGUUUUGAUUCAACGUUUUUCAAAACUGCGAAGAAAGAGAGAUCAGCUCAAAAGAUACGCAGUUGAUGUGACUCUGGACCCUGAUACAGCACAUCCUGAACUCAUCCUGUCUGAGGACAGGAAACAAGCGAGACAUGGAGACACAUGGCAGGAUCUCCCUGACAACCCAGAAAGGUUUAAAUGCUGGAUAAGUGCCCUGGGAAAAGAGGGGUUUUCUUCAGGGAGACGUUACUGGGAGGUGCAGGUUGGGGACAAAACUGACUGGACUUUAGGAGUGGCCAGGGAGUCCAUCAACAGGAAGGGGUAUUUUCCAUUGAAUCCUAGUGGUGGUCUCUGGGCUAUCCGUCUCUGGAACGGUAAUGAUUACAAGGCUCUCACUGACCCCCCUGUGUCCCUCAACCUAAGUGUGAAGCCCAGGAAGGUGGGGGUGUACGUGGACUAUGAGGAGGGUCAGGUCUCCUUUUACAGUGUGAAGGACAAGUCUCACAUCUACACUUUCACUGGAUAUAAAUUCACUGAGGAACUUUAUCCAUACUUCUGGCCAGGCUUCCAGAACUCAACCCCACUGAUCAUAUCACCUGUCAGUGACACAAACUGA